CAUUUUGUCGGAGAAGCUGCAGCGCCGCCUCUUCUUUCGCGUCCUCGCAUCCGUCGCUGCCGCCUCUUCCUCCGCCUCCUCCUUCGCCCCUUCCUGCCUCCUCCCGGCUUCCGCCGCCGAUCCAGCCGCUUCCCAACCCCGGGGCGAAGCGUCUCCUUAUUUAUUUCCGUUUUCUCGCCACUACCGCCUCCUGACACGGUGAUCCGGGCGGGCCCCGCAGGAAUUUUAUCCCCUCACCGGCCUCACACUAGUAUCGCAUGUCCACUAUCCAGAACCUCCAAUCUUUCGACCCCUUUGCUGAUGCAACUAAGGGUGACGACUUACUCCCGGCAGGGACUGAGGAUUACAUUCAUAUAAGAAUCCAGCAACGGAACGGCAGAAAGACACUGACUACUGUUCAGGGCAUUGCAGAUGAUUAUGACAAGAAGAAACUUGUGAAAGCUUUCAAAAAGAAAUUUGCCUGUAAUGGUACUGUGAUUGAACAUCCCGAAUACGGAGAGGUUAUUCAGCUUCAAGGUGACCAAAGAAAAAACAUUUGCCAGUUUCUCUUGGAGGUUGGCAUUGUCAAGGAGGAACAGCUUAAGGUUCAUGGAUUCUAAAAUGAACCUAAAUACGUGGAGAAUUUCUUGAAUAAUUUUGUUCUCUAAACCAAGUUUGGCUGCCUUGUGAAAUGAUUCUCUGCAGUAAACGGACUUUUCAUUUAUUUAAUCAUUCAAACUUCCAUUCACAUCUGCAUGAUUACAGAAAACAUGGGGUAUGUAGGCUAGUAACACAUAAGAAAAUUGCAGUAAGAUGGUAAUGAAACCCCAUAUUCAUCUUAACGUUUCCAAUGGAAAAUAUUUUGUUUUGAGUGUUUAUUUUAUUGUUCAGUUUAUUACUUUUCACUUGAUUAAAUUUUUUUGUUGUAUUAAACCAUGUAUGUUGCAGCUUAACAAUAAAAGAAAAAUCUA